AAUCGUGCAAUCAAGUCACGGCCCGCUCUCUCCCCCCAUCCCUUCCCAUCCUUCCGCUACGAUACAAAAGCUCGAGAACCCACGCACGCGCGCACCCCCCACCCACCCCACGUCUCGCUUCUCCCCACCCCGCCCGCUACAGCGCCGGUGGGGGGCCCCCGCGGCUGCCGGCGACCGGUCGCCGCCGCCGAGGCCGUCCUCGCCGCCCCGACAUUCUCCAGCUGUUCUCGUUCCUGGCUUCCGGCCUUGGCUGGCCUCCUCCCCGCGGAACUGAGGCGAAUUGGCGCGGGAGGGCACGGGAUCUUGCCGUCCUGUCCUGGCGUCUCCUGCCGCACCGCGUUUGGGCAACUUUUUUUUGUCGGCGAAAAAAGAAUACAUGAAAACGCCGCCUUUUGCUCGGGGCGCUUCACGGGCCUCCGCAGCAUUAGCCAUGGUUUAGCGGAGGCGAUUCUCCUUGCAGGCUUGCAGCUGUUUCCGGGGUGGUGGAUUUUCAAGGAAUAAAGAAUGAUCAACCUCUUCGAAUUGAGCGUUGGAGCCAGCGCCAAGGUCUCCUCAAGAGAUGGCUCUCCGGUGAGAGGAACUCAGUCGGAGCGGAAGGAGUACGCCGGAUCAAAGGCGUUGACUGGCAGCACGAGGAGGAGCUCGUCGGAUAGAUCGGGCGGUACGCCCAUGAAAAUGCUGAUAGCUCAGGAAAUGGCCAAGGAGGGGGACGCGAAUCAGAAGACCACUAACGUUGUGGCGAGGCUGAUGGGGCUUGACGAUAAUGUGGAUCUUGCUAAGCCUGUCGUGCCCCCAAACAGGAGGAGUUUCCCGGACGGCCAUUUAUCUGCUACACUGGCAAGAGUAAACAACCAAAUUCCAUUUGAGAAGCACACGAGUUCCGCCGAAGAUGUGGAGUACAAGGAUGUCUACGAAGUUGGGUACCAGCCACCAAGAGGUGAUGAAUAUCCAAGGAGGAGGAGGCCGAGUGAAGAUCAUGACAAGAGAAGGAUGGAUCUUGUCCGCCAGAAGUUUGUUGAAGCAAAGCGGCUUGCGUCACAUGAUAAUAUCCUCCAGUCGAAGGAAUUCCACGAUGCUCUUGAGGUUCUGAAUUCAAACAAAGAUCUGUUUCUCAAAUUUCUCGAAGAACCUAACUCUCUCUUUGCGAAGCAGUCUGGGGGACUCGGUUCUGCACCAACAUCACCUCAGAGAAAGCACAUUACUGUGUUGAAGCCCUCGAAAUCAGUGGAGAUGAAGGGUGACAAAGCAAUUAGAAGGCAGACAAACCAUGCAGCCGGAAACAGAACAGACAGGAGCAACGUGCACAAGUCUGAUGCAGCUCAUGUGAAGGAAGAUAAGCUUCCCAAACACACCAGGAUAGUGGUCUUGAAACCUACCUCGGUAAUUGCUUCCAUGGAGCAAUCUGAGCAAAGUUAUCAUGCUGAUCUCGAUGAUUCUGAAGCGCCUGUUCUGUCAAGGCAUCUGAGUGAUGAGAUAGAUUGGUCGGUACAUGGAAUUUCUCGACGCCACACUGAAUCUUUGCAGGGUUGCAUACAGUCAAAUAUGUUCGGCGCAGAUAGACCAUACCAUCAGUAUGCUGAAGAAGAGGGCAAUAGCUUGAGUGACUCAGAUAUUGGAACCCCAACAUCACAUCACUCUUGGGAGUACAUCUACCGGUUUAGCAAUCCUUACUUUGGCUCUUUGAGCCAUGCUUCUUGCUCCCCUGAGUCACAUGUAACUAGGGAGGCUAAGAAGCAUGCUUCUGACAGAUGGGCAACCGUUCCAUCCAGUGAGAUGACCCAGGACAAGGUACCAGUGCGAAGAAGUUUGAGCACACUUGGUGAAAUGCUUGCCAUGCCGGAUAUGAAGAAAGAAGAGGCUGCUGAACAAGCAUCUCCUGAUGCUACCCACCAGUUGUGUGAGCCAACAGUUGGCGUAUCAUCUAAUUGUGCUGUUGGCGAAGGUGAGGGAGAAAGCUCCCUCAGGAAAAUCUCGAGGUCACGAUCUGUUCCGGUCUCUUCAACAGCUUUUGAUAGCCUGCGGUUAGAUGGUGGAUGUUUGGAUGCUCAGCAUAAAGAACCUACAGUGCCGAAGGAGGUCAAACCUAAGAGUGGGAAAUCAUCUUUGAAGGGAAAAAUCACGAGUUUCUUCUCAAAACGUAAGAAAGCAGAAAAGGAGAAGCCUAGCCCAUCUCCCUUGGGAACCCUGAACGGUCGAGGUUCGUCAGUCAGCACUGUAGCAGUUGCUAAACCAGAUGCUCCACAGCAUGUUUGUGCUAGUUCACAGGAUGAUGUUUCCUUCGAAAGUUUAGAAGACCAGUUUAAUCACGGACCAAUCGGAGCUCCGGUUGAUGAACCCGAAGCACCCUCUGUGUCUAAGCCUCCAGCUUCGCUUGAGAAGACGCUAUCAUUUGAGAUUCGAGCUUCCCACUUCGACCAGCCCAGCCCUACAUCGGUUUUUGAUGUACAAUUUGAGGAUAUCAGCGAGAAAUCCCCCAUUUCAUCAGAAAGCGCGAUUACUGCUAAACAAGAGCCUCUAUCCAGGUCUAUACCAAUCGGAUCGAUCGCGAGGACCUUAUCAUGGGACGACGCUUCCCAAGAGGCUCCUCCGCAGUGUUCUACCAAAGGAGACAGCAACCACGAGCAGGAGCAGCACGAGUUCGUCGAGAAGACGCUGGCAUCCGCUGGCUUCUGCAACGAGAAGACCCAGGACAUCUUUGCCCGGUGGCAUUCGCUCGACCGGCCCUUGGACCCCGCCGUGGUCGAGCAGCUGCUGGAACGCAAGGUGGAGGACGCCAAGUGCCGAGAGAGGCGGUCGAACCAGAGGCUCCUAAUCGACUCUGUCAACGCCGCCCUGCUCGACAUCGGCCAGAGCAAAGUCUGGGGGGGCGCGUACCCUUGCACCGCACGGCACUAUUCCAACGCUCCGGGAGUUGGCACGUGCGAUGAUGAUGUGCUAGUGACCGACGAGGCGUGGAGGCUGGUGAGGAGCUGGCUCUUCGAUGACGAGAACGACAUCGCCGGGUUGGGGGACAACGCGGGCCUUGCGGCGGACUGGGUUGUCGGUAGGGAGAUCCACGGCAAAGGGUGGGCCGAGACGCUGCGGAUGGAGGUGGACGAGAUGAGCAGGGAGAUAUGUGGCGAGGUCCUGGGCGAGUUGGUUGGGGAGGCGUUUUCGGAGCUUGCCGGCGCUGCGGGGUGGCAUUGAAGCUGCCUGCCUUCUAUUUUCCCUGCUUGUGGUGGCGUCCACCUGCUGCUGCUGCUUUUACUUCCAAUCCGGUUCUUGUGUGUAUAUUACCCUCGUAACUGCUCAAAGUGUUCCCUGCUGCUGCCUCUCUAUCUGUGUUGCAUCUCUUUCAGCAUUGAUACAUUCACGGUAAUAACAUUUACGGAUGAAUACAGCUGCUGCACUGCACUUGAAAUCC